CCGACUGCAGCGGGCUGCAAAUAACAAGCCGCCAAGAAGCGCCCUACCUCCCUAUCACCUCCGCUCGCCUACAACUCCACGACCGAAAGUCCAACAAGGGAGCCCCGCCGCAGCCAAAGCCCGCCCACCAAAAGGCGCCCGCAUUAAUUUUCUGUCGCUCCCUCCCUCUUCGACACACAACAACACCGCACCCAUGGUUUCCGCGUCCAAGGCCGCCCGUGAGGCCAAGCGCGCCGCUGAAGGAAAGGCACCAAAGAAGACCGCCGCCAGCAAGCUCGCCUCCAAGAAUGGUUCCAAGGCCGGCUCAGAGGCGUCGUCGGUCAACGGUGAUGAGACCCCGCCACUUCUCGACGGCGACGAGGAGAUGGCCAAGAAGAAUUCCAAAGCCAUGAACGAGAAGAUGGCCAAGAUGGCGCUCCAGGAAGACAAGGACGGUAUCUCAGACCGUGUCACUACCGGUGUGCUGGCUUCUCUCGAGGCAAGUCGCGACGUCAAGAUUAUCUCCGCCUCGCUUGUGUUCCACGGAAAGGUUCUGAUCAACGACACCACACUCGAGAUCACAUAUGGACGAAGAUACGGUCUGCUCGGCGAGAACGGUUGCGGAAAGUCCACUAUCCUCAAGUCCAUUGCCAAGCGCGAAUUUCCCUUCCCAGAGCACAUCGACAUCUACCUCCUGAACGAGGGCGCCGAGCCGUCAGACACCGGCGCGCUGCAAUGGGUCGUCAACGCUGCUGAGACCGAGAUGAAGAGACUGGAAGAUCUUGCAGAGCAGAUCCUUGAAGAGGAGGGACCAGACAGCCCGAAGCUCGAGGGUAUCUACGAGCGCAUCGACAGCAUGGAUCCAUCCACCUUCCACACUCGCGCUGGUCUGAUUCUGACUGGUUUGGGUUUCAACAAAAAGACCAUGGACAAGAAGACAAAGGACAUGUCUGGCGGUUGGAGAAUGCGUGUCGCGCUCGCCAAGGCCCUCUUCGUCAAGCCAGCUCUCCUGCUUCUUGACGACCCAACUGCUCACUUGGAUCUUGAGGCUUGCGUGUGGCUAGAAGAAUACCUCAAGAAGUGGGACCGCACUCUUGUGCUCGUGUCGCACUCCAUGGAUUUCUUGAACGGUGUUUGCACCAACAUGAUCGAUAUGCGCUUCAAACAGCUCAUGUACUACGGUGGUAACUACGACUCCUACAUGAAGACCCGACAGGAGAACGAAGUCAACCAGCAAAAGGCAUACGAGAAGCAGCAAGAAGAAAUCAAGCACAUCAAGGAAUUCAUCGCAAAGGCUGGUACCUACGCAAACUUGGUUCGACAGGCCAAGUCUCGUCAAAAGAUUCUUGACAAGAUGGAGGCAGAUGGUUUCAUUCAGCCAGUGCACCAGGACCGUGUCUUCACAUUCCGUUUCGCAGAUGUGGAGAAGCUCCCACCCCCAGUGCUUUCCCUUGACAACGUAACCUUCUCUUAUUCCGGCAAGAAGGAGGACAACCUGUACGAGAACCUCGACUUUGGUGUGGACAUGGACAGCAGAACGGCUCUUGUUGGACCCAACGGUGUAGGCAAGUCUACUCUUCUCCGCAUCUUUACAGGCAAGCUCUCGCCUACGAGCGGAUCUGUCUCUCGACACACUCACUUGAAGCUUGGCAUGUACUCUCAGCACUCUGCUGAGCAGCUCGACCUCACCAAGUCUGCUCUCGACUUCGUCCGUGACAAGUACCCAUCCAUCUCACAAGACUACCAGUACUGGAGGCAACAACUCGGCCGAUACGGUCUUUCAGGUGAGGCUCAGACAGCUGUUAUGGGUACCCUUUCCGAAGGUCAGAAGAGCCGUAUCGUCUUCGCUCUGCUUGCCAUUGAAGGACCAAACAUGCUUCUUCUUGACGAGCCUACGAACGGUCUUGAUAUUCCUACUAUCGACUCGUUGGCUGAUGCCAUCAACGCUUUCACUGGUGGCGUCGUGGUUGUUUCUCACGAUUUCAGACUGCUCGACAAGAUUGCCAAGGAUAUCAUGGUGUGCGAGAACAAGACUGUCACCCGAUGGGAUGGCAGCAUUGGACAGUACAAGAACCACUUACGGAAGAAGAUGUUUGCAAAUGGCGCUGUCUAAGCGAACAUUUGCGAAGUACGUUUACGAUGCGUUUGUUUGGUUUCUGGCAUUGCUUGCGGGUUUUACGAUAGCGGAUCGAGAGCAUGGGCACGCCAACGGACACAAUGUGCUACGCUACAACCGCAUGGUAAUCACUGGGAUAGAGGUCUGCGCGCCGCGUGUUACGGCGUGAGGGGGAAUAGAUACCAAAAAGAAUGAAUCUAGGAACGACCAUGC